AUGAGAGAUUACAAGAUUGUUGUUCUAGGUGCCGGUGGUGUAGGGAAAUCCUCCAUAACUGUGCAGUUUGUACAAGGCGUAUACAUUGAGAGUUAUGAUCCAACAAUUGAAGAUUCCUACCGAAAGCAAAUAGAAGUUGAUGGCCGCGCGUGUGACUUAGAGAUAUUAGAUACAGCUGGUGUAGCACAAUUUACAGCCAUGAGAGAGUUGUACAUCAAGAGUGGGAAGGGUUUUUUGUUAGUGUACUCAGUCACGGAUGAAAAUUCAUUGAAAGAACUUUUGGCCUUGCGCGAACAAGUUUUGAGAAUCAAAGACAGUGAUAAUGUUCCUAUGGUAUUAGUGGGAAAUAAAUGCGAUUUGGAUGAGGAUAGAGUUUUGAGCAUCGAGGAUGGUGUCAAGGUAAGUCAAGAUUGGGGGUUGGUACCAUUUUAUGAAACAAGUGCCAUGUACAAGACAAAUGUUGAUGAAGCAUUCAUUGACGUGGUUAGGCAGAUAAUGAGAAAGGAAGCGGCUAUUAGCGCUGAGAAGAAGCAGCAAAAGGAAAAACAGAAAGUGGAGCAACCUGUUGUAUCGAAACAACCUGUUGCUGAACAGCCAAAGAAGGUGGAGCCAGCGAAUGCAAGACAGAACCAGUCGACAAAGGGGAACAAAAGUAGCUCUGGCAGCAAGUGUUGUACCAUUAUGUAG